AUGAGUUCAAAUGCACCCGCCUCGUCAGCUCCUGAAACUACCAGUCAAUCAGUCCCUGAAACUAGAAGUCAAGUAACUCCUACAAGUAGCAGUCAAUCAGCUUCUAGAAGUAACGUUCAAGCAGCUCCUUCAAGCAGCAAUCAACAAACUUUUACAAAUAUCCCACAAGCUGCUCCUACAGGUUUCGUUGGAGAAGUUCAAGGAUUACAAUUCAAGUCGACUGCUGGUAAUGCCUUUUUACCACAUUUUGCUCAGACUGGACGUGAUGUAACCAUGGACUCAUGGCGUCAUUCAUUUGGUUCCAAACCAAGUGCAGAAAAUCCUUACAGUACGCCCAACCCUGCAUUUUCCAUCAAUUCUCAGCCGCCUUACACUUCAAAAGAAAAGCAUUUGUGUGAACUUGUUAUGCAGCUCGGUCAUGCCUUGAAUGCUCUGGAUAUCCAGUAUGCCAGCUAUGUGGGUCAAGUUAUUGCCAGUCAAGACCCAAACAUGUUUCGCGUUUUAUCUCAGUAUACUAUGCUGCAACCCAACCAUUCCGGUGUGAUUCCUAGUAUGCAAACACUCAUGUUUGGUAUAUACCCGAAACUGCAGACAACAACAUCUCCAUUGCAGCUACAAUUGACAAAUAUGAUUGAAACUUUGCGUCCCAAAGUCACUGAAGCCAUGGCUGAACUUCAGAAAAAGUCUUUGCCAUUUUCUGAUCAUGAACAAUUGAUGAGCCAAAUUCUCAGUACUCAAGCCAUGCAUUAUUCUCGUCUUAUACUCUUGUUUAACCUGAUGAUGUGUGUGUUGGACAGCUCCCAAACUAUGAUCGUGUCUCCUCAUCUAGUUGGAUGGCUGAUUGACCAGAUCAAUUGUCUUGGUGUUGACAGUGUUACGAUCCGAAGAGCGGAAAUUGUACGCGAAUUCACCCAAAUGCUUACAGCAGCUCGCAGUGAAAUUGCUCAAACACCCUCUCAACAGCUUGGAUCUAUUCCUGUCCAUAAUUUGUUUGGACAAUCUGCUGCAACCGGCGGUAUGACUAGUGCAUUUACACCUGCUUCUUCUUGCACCACUAGUGCUAAAUCUAUACACCAAGCAGAUUGGAUUCCUGCUAUUGCAAUCCGCAACAAUGCCACUCAAUUGAUUCUCGAUGUUUACCUUCCUGGAGUUACCAAGGAUUUUGUCAGUGUCAAAGUAGGAGAAAACGGAAACUAUGUAUCGAUUUCUGGCUCUAUUCCUGUUAAUCCUUCAUACCAAGACUCCAAUAUAUUUAUCAAUGAGCGUCUUUUUGGUAACUUUUCUCGUAUUGUUCAGCUUCCAUGUGCUGUGGAUGGUAGCAAAACUACCGCUAAAAGCGAAAAUGGCGUAUUCGAGGUCAAAAUGACCAAACUCAACCCUGCAAGUGUCAAGAUUGAUUAA